CCUCGACUUCCCCACCUCCUCAUCGGCUGCUCCCAACCAUGCUCCCGUCCUCGGUCGACCGUCGUCCACCCAUCUUCCUUAGAUGAUCCACUAUAUACUCCACUAUAUAUUCUGCCAUACUCCUCACUCUUGAUGUCCCUCCUCUAAUAUCCUUACUACAUGCUACUAUCUGAAUGGCAGAUCCCCUCUUCAAAUUCGAUCCCAACGCCGUCCCGGGAACGGUCCACCUCGUGGACCUCCACAAUCAUGACUCUGCAACAUCAAUCAUCCCCGUCCCAAGACCCUCUUCCGACCCAGAAGACCCCCUGAACUGGUCCACCGCCCGCAAAUGGCGCACAAUGGCCCUUGUCCAUUUCUACACCUUCAUCGUCGGCUGGUGCAGCGCAGGCGUCUACUCGAUCCUCGCCGACAUCUCCGCCGCGACCGGUCUCUCCGUCGCCGAUCUCAACUCUGGAACCGGCACAAUGCUCUUGUUCUUUGGCUGGGGAUGUCUGAUCUGGCAACCCUUCGCGCUCACCUUCGGUCGCCGCGGCAGCUACAUCCUCAGUCUGGCGCUCACUUGUGCAAUCUCGGUCUGGACUGCUUACUCGACCAGCUACGCGACCUGGGUUGUCCAGCGUAUCUUGCUUGGUCUCUUUGGGUCGCCUAUUGAGUGCUUGUGUGAAGUCAGCAUCACUGAUUUAUUUUUCACCCAUCAACGAGGACAACAGCUUGGAAUAUAUCUGCUCAUGUUGAGCGGGGGUGCCUAUCUUGCCCCUCUGUGCAAUGGAUUCAUCAACCAGAGCAUGGGAUGGAAGUGGGUCAUGUACUGGUGUGCUAUUCUAUCUGCAGUGGCCUGCGUCCUAUGCUUCUUCUUCAUGGAAGAGACAAUCUACUACCGCGAGACCUCCUUCGAGGCCACUUCCGACGACUACAGCUCCGACCACUCCACCGCAGUUGACGAAUCUCUCUCGAUCGAACUGACAAAGGAGGCCAAGUCCGCGGCCGCACCCGCCCCUGCGCCUACCCAGCAGUCUUUUGCUCCCCGCCGGUCUUAUCUGCAGUCGCUGGCGCUCUACCGCGUCAUCCCCGAGAAACCCAACGAGUUUUUCCGCAUCAUAAUCCGUCCGUUUAUUGUAUCCGCCAAGCUGCCGCUUGUCGUCUGGGUAGGCGUCUACCACGGCGUCGCCGUCUGCGCGUUCUCGUCCAUGAACGCCACCGCUUCGGUCGUCUUGACCGCCGCUCCCUACAACUUCAGCUCGUCCCAGGUGGGAUUGACUUACAUCUCCCCCUUCAUCGGCUGCCUGAUCGGCGCCAUCUGGGGAGGCGAGGUCAACGAUCGGAUCUGCGUGCGUCUUGCGCGCCGCAACAGGGGAUACCGAGAGUCGGAGUUCCGGCUGUGGGCGGCGGCCGCGCUGUGCAUCAUCCCGCCUGGAGGCAUGUUCGUCUGGGGCGUGGGGACGAACUACGGCGUGCACUGGUUUGGACUCGUGUUUAGCAUGGCGAUGCUUGGGUUUGCAAUGUCUACAGCGGGCACGAUUGUGCUUUCGUACAUGAUUGACAGCUACAAGGAGCUCGCGGGCGAGACGUUGAUGGCGGUGAAUAUCAUACGGUGCACGAUGGCGUUUGGGUACGGAUACGCAGUCACGCCGUGGAUUGAAAAUCAGGGAUAUAAGAACGCGUUUGUGGAGAUGGGGGUUAUCAGCAUUGUUUUGUUUUCUACGUUUGCGCUUGUUCUCGCGAUUGGAAAGAAGGAACGGCGGAGGACGGCGCCUGUGUAUUGGAAGUUGGUUGCGACUGGAAUUAGGGCGCUUCAGGAGUAGUCGUUGUACACAUUUAUGAACGGCUUGCAACUGCAUUAAUAAUAUAGCACUUUAAUACAAUGAUACUUGACAC